CUCCUGGAGAAGAUAGAGCAUGAUGACAUGUGCAAUAAAACGUUGAAGAUCACAGAUUUUGGGUUGGCACGGGAAUGGCACAGAACCACCAAAAUGAGCGCAGCAGGCACUUACGCGUGGAUGGCCCCUGAAGUCAUCAAGUCUUCCUUGUUUUCUAAGGGAAGCGACAUCUGGAGCUAUGGAGUGCUGCUGUGGGAACUGCUUACGGGAGAAGUCCCCUAUCGGGGCAUCGAUGGCCUCGCUGUGGCUUACGGGGUUGCGGUCAAUAAGCUCACUUUGCCGAUUCCAUCCACCUGCCCUGAGCCGUUUGCCAAGCUCAUGAAAGAAUGCUGGGAGCAAGAUCCUCAUAUUCGGCCAUCAUUUGCUUUAAUUCUUGAACAGCUGACUGCUAUUGAAGGGGCAGUGAUGACUGAGAUGCCUCAAGAAUCCUUUCAUUCCAUGCAAGAUGACUGGAAACUGGAAAUUCAACACAUGUUUGAUGAGCUGAGAACAAAGGAAAAGGAACUGCGAUCUCGGGAAGAGGAGCUGACCCGGGCGGCCCUGCAGCAGAAGUCUCAGGAAGAAUUGCUGAAGCGGCGUGAGCAGCAGCUGGCAGAACGGGAGAUCGACGUGCUAGAGCGAGAGCUGAACAUUUUGAUAUUCCAGUUGAACCAGGAGAAGCCCAAGGUAAAGAAGAGGAAGGGCAAGUUCAAGAGAAGUCGUUUAAAGCUCAAAGAUGGACGUCGCAUCAGUCUACCUUCGGAUUUCCAGCACAAGAUAACCGUGCAGGCCUCUCCCAACCUGGACAAACGGAGAAGUCUAAACAGCAGCAGUUCCAGUCCCCCAAGCAGCCCCACGAUGAUGCCCCGACUCCGAGCCAUUCAGUUGACUUCAGAUGAAAGCAAUAAAACCUGGGGAAGAAACACAGUCUUUCGACAAGAGGAAUUUGAAGAUGUAAAAAGAAAUUUUAAGAAGAAAGGUUGUACAUGGGGACCAAAUUCCAUUCAAAUGAAAGAAAGAACUGAUUGCAAAGAAAGGAUAAGACCUCUCUCAGAUGGUCACAGUCCUUGGUCAACGCUCUUAAUAAAAAAUCAGAAAACCAUGCCCUUGGCUUCAUUGUUUGUGGACCAGCCAGGGGCUUGUGAAGAGCCAAGACUUUCCCCUGAUGGAUUAGAACACCGAAAACCAAAGCAAAUAAGAUUGCCUAGUCAGGCCUACAUUGAUCUACCUCUUGGGAAAGAUGGUCAGAAGGAGAACCCGGUGGAAGCUGAGAGCUGGGAGGAGGGAACCUCUGGCAACUCUGCCUCGGGCUCUCCUCAAGUGACUCCGACAAAUAGUCUGAAGAGAUCACUCCAGAGAAAGAAAACAGAGUCAGCUUUGUACGGGUGCACCGUCCUGCUGGCAUCGGUGGCGCUGGGCCUGGAUAUCAGAGAGCUGAAUAAAGCACAGGCUUCUGAAGAACCGUUGCCCAAGGAAGAAAAGAAGAAGCGAGAGGGACUCUUCCAGCGUGCUUCCAAGUCCCGCCGAAGCACCAGUCCUCCCACGAGGCUGCCGUCCACAGGCGGGGAGGCUGGCGGCCCGCCCUUCCUCCCAUCGCCAGCUGCCCUGAGCCUUCUCUCCGUGCCUUCUCUCUCCACCAGGUGCUUGCUGCAGACGGAUGGUGAAGAUCUGUCCAUGGGCAGCACACCUAUCACCUGUGACCCCAAGAUGCCCCCUCCAGACUUUUGUUCUGCCAUUCCAGGAAGUAGUCGGGAGCCAGCCCUCAUGCCAAGACUCGAGACUGAUUGUAGUGUCUUGAAAAACCUGUCUCCUCCCUUCUUGGAGCAGACAUGUGGGAAUGUGCCUUCCUGUGCGUCUUUAAGAGAGAGACUCUCGCAUCACAGACGGACCAUGUCUGAUGGAAGCCAGACCCCAACUGGUGCAACUGUCUCAGCCACUGGAGCCUCCUCACCCGGUCCUCACAGGACCCUGCCGAGGGAGGUCUGGCCUGAGAAACACAGAGCUGUCAGUUUCACGCCUCGGCCGUGCCCUCCCCCGCAGAGGAGCCCGUCGGAUCCCCCACAGGCCAUCCCUCAGAGAGCAGGGUGUCAGCCGGCACAGGCCGCCUGUGUCGUGGCUCGUCCAGAACCGAACCCUCCCUGUUUCCCUGGUGUCAAGGAUAGAACUCAAUUCCACGUGCCUUCGUUACUGGACGCUGAUGUGGACGGUCAGAGCAGGGACAACACUGUACCUCUGUGCAGAAUGAGGAGCAAAACGAGCCGACCAUCUAUAUAUGAACUGGAGAAAGAAUUUCUGUCUUAAAAACUAAGUGCCGUCUAUGGUUCAGGCAUUUCUUUUCUUUUGUUAGGUGAACAAUGAACACAUCAUCUCUACCUUUGCAUUGUUUCAAGAUGCUGUGUUUUCAAAAGCUGUGGCCACAUUACUCAAUUAGUAAGGGGCUCUUAACGUCUCAAAAAAUGGAUGUGAUUGCUGAUAGCCAUCGCUGUUGUUUUUUCCCACUGGAUUCUUACCCAGCAACUUGAAAUACGUGUAAGUGUAAAACAAGAAAUGUGCACCAGUGAAAACUCUGCUGGGUAGAAUUACCAUGAGCACUGUUUUAACGCUUGUUUUUUCUCCUUUAUAUCGUUGACUAUUAGUACACAGCAGAAAUUGUAAUGAGGUGCACCAUUUUUGUUUGCUUUCUUCUUUCUUCCUUCCCCCGCUCCUUUCCUUUUUCUUUUCUUUUCUUUUUUAAAUUUGUGUAACAGAAAGCCAAGAAGGAACUGUGAGUUUCUUGGUAAGAAUAAUGUGGCAUUAGUAAGUGAAGGUGUCUAUUUAAAAAGUCUGAUGACUGAAAUAGAUACACAAUCCUGUUGAAACUACCUAACUUCCAACCUGGGUAACUUGAUGAGACCUCAUCUCUACAGUAAAUUUAAAAAAAAU